AUGGGCUUUACAGCGUGCUGGGAAGGAAGCAAUAAUGUAGCACUUCCAGACCUCAGGACCGAGGACCAGAGUGUACGAAACUUUUUCGAUCCGUGGAUUGCAUCACUGGUAUCUACGUACAAAAUCGAUGGCCUGCGGAUCGAUAGUGCUAAACACCAGGAGACUUCUUUUUGGCCAACCUUCAGUGGUAACUCGACUGUGUACAUGGUUGGCGAAGUCUAUGAGGGCGAUCCAGAUGUGUUUCUGCCCUUCCUGAGUGUCUUCCCUGGAUUGCUCAACUAUCCUGUGUGGUACUGGCUCCAGCGUGCCUUUGAGUCGACCAGUGCCACAAUGACCGAACUCAACACCGGCAUCGCAAACAUUCGAGGCAAAACUACCAAGACUAUCUACUUUGGUUCUUUCAGUGAGAAUCAUGAUCAACCCCGAAUGCCUGCAUGGAGUAGCCAAUCAAGUGACACUGCACUGAUCAAGAAUGCCAUCGGCUUCAUGAUGCUCAUGGAUGGCAUUCCAAUCAUCUACCAGGGUCAGGAACAGAAGCUCACUGGUGGCACUGUGCCGGCCAAUCGCGAGGCCAUCUGGCUCACCGGAUUCAACACUCAAAGCGAACUGUAUCUGUGGAUCACUCAGAUCAAUAAGUUCAGAAAUGCAGCCAUCAGCAUCAAUAGCGGCUAUGCUUCCUCCCAAGCCACCUCAUGGACACCUGAUAGCAAAACAAUUGCAUUGCAGAAAGGUCCGUCUGGCUAUCAGACAGUCAGCGUCUUCAAUAACAUCGGGUCGUCUGGCAGCAGCUAUUCUCAGCGGAAAUCUUGCAUUUACGAUGACAAGUCUGCCGAAGGUCUUUUAUCGCUUGGACAGGCUCACCGGCUCGGGCAUCUGCCCGUCGCUGACAGGAGGCACUACUUCGAAGGCAUCAUCUACGGCAACAACUUUGGUCACACGUAA